CUGUCUGUCUGUCUGUCUGUCUGUCUGUCUGUCUGUCUGUCUUUCUGUAAAGCAGCUUAUCUCAGUGAUAGGUAGUUAGAUAAACAUAAGUUGAAUAGGCACUGUAUGUAUAUUGAAUGUAAUUCUUUUUGUUUUGUUUUUUAGUUGUUCUUUCUCUAGGCCUCUGGCAUUCUCUGUGUCUUUCUUUCUCUCUUUUAAAACCCAGCAUAAUGCUGCGUAAGUUCAGUUCGGAGGGUGCGUUGCUGGAGCUGGAUUUCCUGCCCUGGGGGGAUAGAGAUGGGACUCCGGACACCUCGGAUGAUCAGCCAGAUGGAGCCUCAGCAUCCUACCCUUGCACCCCAGAUGCAAUGUCGGGGAGUGCUGGAAAGGGGGAGCUCAAGAGAGAUCACAGCGUUAGUAUGGAAAAUCUGGUCGACUUGGAGAAGGACUCUGGUUUGCUGAAAGUGACGAAUUUUAAUGAGAGCUUUAAAGCGUACAGUGACAGCCAGCUCACUGGCACUGCUAAAGGCAGCUGUGAGAGUGUGGGAAAGUGUGAAGCACAGCACCACUCCCCGUCACCCACACUGAAAUAUGGCCAAAUGCACGUCUCCCCAAAACCUCCCCACUAUCACCGACAGCAAGCUCGGGCCAAACUGGCAGCUGCUAAAUUACACCUUAAAAGUUUGUUUGGACAGGGUUCACCGCAGUCCUCCCAUUCGAAUCUGGCCAGUGCAGAGCACAGAGCGAACGUAACCAGCACUAAAGAGAGGCGUUCUCGAAUGCCUUUCCUCAAGCAGUGGAGUCAGGUGGGCCACAGCACAGCUCGACUCAGCAGGAAGGAGAUGGAAAGUUGGGCCAAGUCCCUUGAUGCUUUGCUGGAAAGCAGAGUGGGCGUCACAGUGUUUGAAGCAUUCCUGCGAUCGGAGUUCAGUGAGGAAAACCUGCAGUUCUACUCGGCCUGUGAGCAGUACAGACAGUCGUCCAACAAAUUCAGCCUGCAGAGACGGGCAAAAAUGAUUACCGAGACUUACAUCCAGCCUGGUGCUCCCAGAGAGGUGAACCUGGACAGUAAGACGAGAGAACUGACCCUAGAGCUCCUCAAAGCCCCCUCUCACACUUCCCUCUCACAUGCCCAGAGACGCAUCUACUGCCUGCUGGAAAUGGACAGUUACCACCGCUUCCUCCAGUCGGAGAUCUACCUCACACUACUGAGGGACUCAUAUUAAAUCAGGAGCGGGCCAAAUGUCCAAAAGCCGAGUAAUCCUAAAAACUGAACGGACAUCAUGCCUGGACAGUGGAGACGCCAAACGUGUCUCUGUGAUGAAAAAAAGAAAUCAUCAUAACUACUGAAUAUCGUUUUAGUAAAAUAAAAAAGGGAACAGACGAGCAGGGAUGAGGCGUCUAAAGGGUCAUGCAAUGGGGAAAGGAGUGCUGACAUUUUACAAGUUUGAUUUUUAGUUGCUAGAUUGAAACAGUAUCACUGGACUAAAUGGUAUGUUGACAGGCAACAAAGGGAAAACACGUCUGGCAGGAAAGGGCUGUUCAGUGAAAGGCCGGAGCACUCAUUAGGGUCAGACCAGC